AUGGCUCCAACAAUCGUUCUUAUUAGUGGUGCCAACAGAGGUUUAGGAAAAGGUCUCCUAGCCCAAUACAUCAGCAAACCCGAUCACAUCGUCAUUGCCGCCAAUCGGGACCCUUCGCAUCCAACAUCGAAAGCUCUCUCAGAGCUGCCUACUGGUGCUAAUUCGAAGCUCGUCGUCAUCAAAAUCGACGGAUCCUCCCCCACCUCCGCGCAAACCGCCAUCGACACGCUCCCCUCCCUCGGAAUAAACCACCUAGACCUCGUCAUCGCCAACGCCGGUGUAUCUUACGCGUGGCCCACCGUUAUCGAUCUAAAGAUUGAAGAUCUAGAAGGUCAUUUCAUUCCAAAUGUUUAUGGAGCUGUGAGAUUGUAUCAGGCGACUUUGCCAGUAUUGUUGAAGAGUACGGGUCCAAAAUGGGUUACCAUUGGGAGUACAGCGGGGAUGAUUACUAACCAACUCCCCAUUCCGAACGGCGCUUAUGGCACCUCCAAAGCCGCCAUACACUGGCUCACCAAACGCAUGAACUUCGAGAACCCCCCCUUGAACGCCUUCGUUCUCGAUCCCGGCUGGUGCCAAACCGAGCUCGGUAACGCGGGUGCCGUCUAUUUUGGAAUGGAUCAAGCAGCCGUUUCAGUCGAAGAUUCAUGUGCCCUGAUGGUGCCGCUUAUCACGAAGAGUACGAAGGAGAGUCAUGGGGGAAAACUUUGGAGUUAUGAGGGAGGUCAAUUGGAGUGGUAA